CAUACAGAGCCCACUUGGGCCAGUCGGAAGCUGUCGAACCUGGCACCAUCACCAGACGAGCCUAAAAGCAUUUUGAAGAAUACAAGUAAAUAAUGACGAUAUGAUGUUAAAGCGGACAGGCAGAGACUCUAUGGUCAGGUUUGAGUUUGACCAUGUCACUCCGAUUUCAUGCACAGAUUUCGUGAAUAACAAAAGCAGGACACUCAAGAACAUUGACUUGCAAACUCUGUACGAAGACAAAGAAAAUUCCAGUAUGUUGUCUGUACAAAUACAUAGUAAACGCAGCUGGGAGUUGCAUGUCGCAAAGUCAAGGCAGGUACGAACCAAUCAAAGCAUACACGAAGUCAGACAAGGCAGAGUCAAGGAGAGUCAGUCCUGUCCAUUCAGAGGAUAAGUUCAAAUCAGCUGAGAAUAUCUUUAUCCCUGAUGUGGAGAGUGAUAAACAGAUGUACUCGAAGGAGUAUGUGGAUGAGCUUCAGAGUUUUUAUCAAAACGAAAGAGAAAGCUUGAAAUUGAGAAUUGAUAGAAUUUACAAAGAAAAUGAUGAUUCAAAAAUCAAACUCUUAGAUCAAAUUAAUUAUCUUAAUGCUCAGUUAGAAGAGAACUCAGAGAAACAUAAAACAGAGAUGAUUAAAUUAAAUGAAGAAAAAUCUAAUAAACUUGCAAGAAUCAUUAGAGAAAAGGAUACUCUUUUGACUGAGUCAAAAGACCAAAUUUAUGAGUUGAAAAAUGAACUUUCUAAGAUGACUCUCAAAUACACAGAUCUUAAUGAAGAUUUUAAGAGAGUAAAGUUUGACCUUCAAUCUCAAGUUGAUAAUCUCACUCAGCAGUUAAACAAUCAGGUAGAAAUCUUUGACUGCACAAAAGGGGACUACGAGUACAGGAUCAAUUCCUCAAGAGAAAGGUUUGACCUAGAUAGAGAUCAGUUGAAGAAGGAAUAUGAAAAACUAAUCAGCAGCAUGAGAUCAGAGCACAAGGCAGCUCAAGAGGAUCUUUCUAAAGUAAUUCAGGCCAAGAAAUAAAGAGAUAUCAUGACUUCGAAAGGACAUGGGCGACCUCAAGCUAUCGUUUAACACACGUAUAAAUGACCUAGAGGCGUCUAAUUAUGAUCUAGUAGAGUCUCUUAAGUCUUCACAGAAGAUAGCAGAUAUGCAAAUGGCUGAGAAUAAGAAAUUGAUAUCGAGAAAGAUUAGCGCACAGAAAGAAGUAAAGAUGGCCAAAAAGGAAAUGGAGGUGAUGAGAGAGGAAUAUUUAAAGGCUAUCAAGGAAAACAGAGAAUUAGAAGGGAGAAUUAGUAAACUCGACAAACUAGUCUACGGCGCUAAUCUCAAGACUAAGAAGACGAGACUAUAAUCACCA